AUGGGUAGGAAAAUUACAAAUCCCGUCCUACGCAUGUAUUUUGUGUACAAUGUGUCAACUAAUACAAGCACUUGCACAAUUUUGGAUUGUCCACAUCCUGUACGCAGUGGAUGUCAUGCAGGGAAUUUGGAAAAUCAUGUCAAGGCAUUCCACCAAAAUGAAUAUAAAGAACUUUUAAAAGAAAAGUCAAAAGUAUCAUCAUCCUGUCAUAAUGAAUAUGAACCUUCAUCGAGCAUUGUAAAGAAGCAAAAAUAUGGACCAUUGGACAAAAUGAUUUGUGUAACUAAAACAACACUAACAAAUGUUAAAUUAAAUAAAAAGAAUAUCAUUGAAGCUUGUGUUCAGCUAGUUACAACAAAUGGAAGGCCUUUUACACUUUUAAACGAUACUGGCUUCAGAAUGAUAAUGGAUCCAAUCAUGAACUCUAUCGGUGGUGGUUUCAGAAUUAAUUCUCAAAAUAUUAAGCAAUAUGUUGAUACACAAGCAGAGAAUAUUGUAAAAAACAUUAAAUAUGAUGUUAUUGGAAAGCUAAUUUCCUUAAAAGUAGAUUGUGUUACAAGACUAAAUCGAUCCAUCCUUGGUGUUAAUGUUCAGUACAUUAAGGAUGGCAAAUUACACAUCAAAACCCUAGGGAUGCCGGAACUUUUGAGUCGACAUUCUUCUGACUACUUAAAGGAAAUACUAUUAAAUAUCUUAAAGAAAUAUGACAUUAAUAAGCGCCAAGUGUACUCUAUAACAUGUGAUAAUGGUGCCAACAUUGUAAAAAUGGUAAAGAUAUUUAACGAAAAUACAGAAGACCAAGAGUUUGACGAUGAAUCUGAAGAUGAAUCUGAAGAGGAAGUAACUAAUAUUUUAAAUGAUGACUCUGAUCUGAGUGAAAACGCUAUUAAUGAAAUUGUAUCAGAAACAGAUAUCACAUUCAAUGUUGAUGUGUUACAAGAUGAGGUUGCUACAGCACUAAACAAUAAUAUUGAAGUAAAUUGUAUCACUCAAUGUAUAAGAUGUUCUGUGCACACAUUUCAACUGUGUGUUGAAAGUGGACUGAAAGAACCCUCAAUUCAAAAACUAUUAACUAAAACACGUAAAGUUGUAAAAGUACUAAGAACUCAAUCAUAUGCAGCCCUUUUAAAAAAAGAAAAUAUGAAUUUAUGUAUUCUUGACAUAGUUACAAGGUGGAAUUCUACAUAUCUUAUGUUAUUACGUUUAAUUGAGCUUAAGCCUUUUUGUACGGACCACCAACUAAUUAAUACAGAUUUAUUUUUAAAUACACGAGAUUGGGAUCGUAUUGAUAAUUUGGUAAAAUCCCUUCAACCAGCAUUUUUGUGUACUAAAUUGUUACAAAAAAAAGAUUUAACACUGGGGGAUUUCUAUGGAAUUUGGAUUCAAACACAAAAUAAAUUAAAUCUAAUCAAUACGUCCAUUUCAAAAUCAGUUUUGCAUUUUAUGAAGAUUCGCCAAGACAAAUUAUUAGAAAAUGAUGUUUUUAUUGCAACCAUUUAUUUAGAUCCUCGUUAUUUGUGCCUACUAAAUGCUGCUACUAAAAAAAAAGCUGUUAGUCAUCUGCUUACAACAUGGUCACUGAAAGAGUCCCUUUCGUUAACGGCAAUAGCAAUAGAGAAUUCAAAUAAGGAAUUGGUUGAGCCAGCAGCCCUAGAUGACGAUUCUAAUUCUUUAGAAAAAGAAACAAGUGUCAUCACAGAUGAUUUUGAAGAGUUUAUAAGAACAACUUCACAACCUAUAUCUACAGCUAAUAGCAUUAACCUCAAUAAUUCAAUUAAUGAUAUAAAAAAAAAAAUUGAAGAUUUUGCAAAUACUGAUAGAGUUCAUUAUAAGGAAAAUGUGGUUCAGUAUUGGUUGGCAAAGAAAAAUGAAAUGCCUCAGUUAUUUGAGCUUGCAGAAAUUGUUAUGGCUGUACCAGCUACUCAGGUGAGUGUGGAACGCAGUUUCUCAGGACUUAAGUUCAUUUUGUCAGACUUAAGAUCUUCAUUAUCCAGUCAAAUGUUGGAAAACAUCUUGAUAAUACGAGGAAAUAGCUUAUAA